CAGUGUUGAAACCUUAACCCCGUUUCAGUUUUCUUCUUUUCAAAAAAUCUCCGUCGUCGCUUCUUCAGCCACCACCGCUCGUCGUCCUCUUUCCUUGCACUAACCAAGAAAAGAGAAAAGUAUCCGUUUGCUCGAGUCAUCCAUCUACCUCACCGUCAAAAAAGAAGCCAAGAAAGCCGAAACGUCGAGUCAUCGAACCGUUUCUUUUUUGUUCUUUUUUUUUUUUCCAGAUCUCGAAACAGCAUCACGUCAUCGCUCCAAAUUCGUUCGCGUUUCUUCGCGUAGCUUCGAUUCUUUCCUGCCACUUUCCUGCCUUGUCGUCAUCACACCCACACGACAACAUCAUCCAUCACUACUACAACUACUACCACUAGCAAGUUUACCUCGACCAUGCAGAUCUUUGUAAAGACCCUGACUGGCAAGACCAUCACACUCGACGUCGAAUCAUCCGACACGAUCGAAAACGUCAAGGCUAAGAUUCAAGACAAGGAGGGCAUCCCCCCGGACCAACAGCGCCUCAUCUUUGCUGGCAAGCAGCUCGAGGAUGGCCGCACGCUCUCGGACUACAACAUCCAGAAGGAGUCGACGCUCCACCUCGUCCUCCGCCUGCGCGGUGGCAUGCAAAUUUUCGUCAAGACCCUGACCGGCAAGACCAUCACGCUUGACGUUGAGUCGUCCGACACCAUCGAGAACGUCAAGGCAAAGAUCCAGGACAAGGAGGGCAUCCCCCCGGACCAACAGCGCCUCAUUUUCGCUGGCAAGCAGCUCGAGGAUGGUCGCACCCUUUCCGACUACAACAUCCAAAAGGAGUCCACCCUCCACCUCGUCCUCCGCCUGCGUGGCGGCGCAAAGUGCCCCUUUGAAGGCUGCUCGGCCAAGACGGCACUCGUCAUUGGCGAUUGCAAGUACUGCAAGAGCUCGUUCUGCGGCACCCACCGUCUCGCCGAAACACACAAGUGCCCAGGUCUCCAGGACUGCCGCAAGCAGGCCUUUGACAAGAACGCCAACAAGCUUAUUUCUGAAAAGUGCGUUGCUGCCAAGGUCUAGCAGGGCUCGAAUCGGUUUUGACAAUCGUUCGUUUCUUUGCUCUCCUUUUGUACUGUAGUAUGCGCUUGCUUUUGACUGGAAUAACUUUAUAUUGUGCAAGCACCCCUGCAUCUCUUCUGAUGGUAUAAAUACAAGCAUUUGGGU